AUGGUAUAAUCCCAAUAAAUAGAUAACAAGAUAAACCAGCGUUUGUGUUUACGUGAAUGCAGCGCAGCGCAGCGCAGCGCACGGAAACUGUUCAGCAAAAAUAAGGCACGGAAAUGAAGCGAGAUUUGUGCAGAGCCGAACCCUAAAUUCUUAAAGUUCAUAUUUUUGAAUGUUGUCCAAAAUGCAUAACGUUGCUUAAAAAUGCAUGAUCUACCAGUGUGUACUAACACUUUCAACAGUUGCUUUCGAGAAGUAUCCCGACUUUCAGUUUGUUUGGGAAAUGUGUAGCCCCUGCAACACGUUGGCGUUAACGCGAACGCUCAGUUUUCGGAACGAGGAUUCCCCUCCCUAAUUCUCGUUAAAUAUACAUGCAUUCGCUGCAUUGAUCCGCCGGCUAAAGGACAGAGUGCUCAACGGCACUUUAUUAAUGCGGUUUAAGUAGUUCUUCGAGGGAGAUCGAGCGUGAGAGAGCUCGGGGGAGACGCACACACACACCCACACAUACACACACACACACACACACACACACACAUAUAUAUAUACAACACACACACACACACACACACACAGGCGCGCUGUCUCGCAUCUAUGGCAAACUCCGGCUGCAUCUUGGUGUCCAACUCCGCUAUGCUCCCUCACACAAUCCCCUGUACUCCAGCCUUCCUCUUUCUGCAGGAGGGUAACCAAGAAGUCACAGCACCCCCGGAAGCGAUGGCCCAGCCAUACCCGCCAGCGCAGUACCCCACGCCACAGAAUGGCAUCCCAGCCGAAUAUGCCCCCGCACAUCCACACCCCACUCAGGACUAUGCUGGGCAGACUACAGUACCGGAGCACGCCAUGACGAUUUACACGCCUACACAGACGCAUUCUGACCAGCCAUGUACUGAUGCAAACACACAGUCCUUGACGGGCACAUCCACAGUACCGCAGACAGAUGAAGCUGCACAGACAGACUCGCCACAGCAACUACAGAUAUCAGAGACCACAGAGAAACAGCAGCCCAAAAGGCUACAUGUCUCGAACAUCCCCUUCCGAUUCCGGGACCCUGACCUGCGACAAAUGUUUGGGCAAUUUGGUAAAAUUUUAGACGUUGAAAUCAUUUUUAAUGAGCGGGGAUCUAAGGUAAACAAUGCAACAGCAAGAGUAAUGACGAACAAAAAGACUCCCAAUCAGUACACAAACGGCUGGAAAUUAAAUCCAGUUGUCGGCGCUGUCUACGGACCGGAGUUUUAUGCAGUGACCGGUUUCCCGUACCCUGCAGCGGGUGCAACUGUUGCCUACAGAGGAGCGCACUUACGGGGGCGAGGCCGCGCCGUCUACAACACCUUCCGCGCUGCUCCCCCACCUCCACCCAUCCCCGCAUACGGAGCAUCUUCUCAAGCUCUAUCAGGUUGGAUGGGGAGCGUCGAUGCACAGCUAUUUUCAGGUCCCUCCAGAGAUGUUCGAUCGGGUUCAAGUCCAGGCUCUGGCUGGGCCACUCUCAUCUUUCCCUCGAUCCUGCCUAGUCUCCCAGUUCCUGCCACUGAAAAAACAUCCCCACAGCAUGAUGCUGCCACCACCAUGCUUCACCCUAGAGUUGUGUACCAGGAUGGGUUUUAUGGGGCAGAAAUCUACGGGGGCUACGCAGCAGCGUACAGAUAUGCCCAGCCCGCCGCUGCUGCUGCAGCUGCUUACAGCGACAGUUAUGGCAGAGUCUAUGCAGCAGCCGACCCAUACCAUCACACGAUUGCACCGGCCGCAACAUACAGUGUUGGCACCAUGAGAUAUACACAGGAAAACACUGGGAGAAACCACACCCCCUCACUGAUGCCAAAUGUGUGUUUUGUAUAUGCCAACCAGAGAGAGUGGGACGGUUCGUCUCAGAGAUAUCUACAGGAAUGCCGUCAAUGCCAGUCCUUGGUUGGCCUACCAGGCUAGCCUAUACAGAGGAGGUUACAAUCGCUUCACCCCGUACUAGCAAGAGAAACUCAGAGACACACUAACACCCAACAGAUACUGUGGGGGGUUUGGCACGACAUGCAGAAAUAUUUUGUGCUAAUGCUCUCUUGAUUAACAUGAUCUUUUUACCUCAGAUGGGUUUUUUUUUUGUGUUUAUUACAUGUUUAAGCUGUGCUUACUGCAAAUUUUUCUUGAGUUUUGCUCAGUAUAAUAUACUUUGAAGAAAAUUUCUGAUGUGUGAAAAACGUAAACAAAAGAUUUGACAGCUAACUUUGUUUUCUUUUGAAAUUGCCAAACCACAUAAACCGUCUGGAGAACUCUGGAAACAGGCCAAAAUAUUUUUAUUUUUUCCCGCAAUUUUUGUCAGAUUUGCAGGAUGGUUGGUUUUAAAUUAAGUUAGUCGAACACGAGUUUGUAUGAAACAAGCCACGCAGCUUUGAGGUGAUAGUCGGAGAGAUUAACAAUAACCGCACAACCCAGCAAUCUCUCCUCAUUUAAUCCCAGCCCAGAUUAUCAUGUGAUCCUCUGUGACAGCUAGACAGUCGAACCAAACUGAAAAAUCUCAUCGCUUGUAGCUGGUGGAUUGAAAUGUCAACAAGAGCAGUGAUUGGAACAUUCCCCUCAUAACCAUAAUUGUAUGAAGUGAGCUUUCUAAAAGCCUUCCUUUGUAUUCAUCUUCCAGUCCCAUUUGAUUGAUGAAGAAAGGCAACAAUUUAUUCUUGCAGACAGCUUCAGUCUAACUUCUUUAACCCUGGCCACAAUUCAAUGAUGAAUCCUUAACAUAAAUCAAGAGAUACAAAUACAAAUACAUAGAUACAAAAAAAAAGACACAAAGUGCCGGAGUAACUAAGUGGGUCUAAUAGCACCCCUGGAGAACAUGCCUGGCAAGUAAUAGUGGAUGCAGGUGAGGGCUUUCCUUUAUUUCUCAGAUGGUUGCACAAAGGCCAGAGAUGUAAAGCCAAAAUAUGUGAGAUAAGGAUAGAUGAAAAAAAGACACAAAGUGUUGGUGUAACUCAGCAGGCCAGGCAGCAUCUCUGGAGGACAUGGACAGGUGACGUUUCGUGUCGAGACCCUUCUUCAGACUGAUUGUGAUGGAGGGGAAUUCUUCCAUCUUUUUCUCCCCAUCACAAUCAAUUUGAAGAAGAAUCCCGACCCGAAACGUCACCUGUCCAUGUUCUCCAGAGAUGCUGCGUGACCUGCUGAGAUACUCCAGAACUUUGUGUCGUUUUUUUUGGAAAAUCGACAACUGCAGUUCCUUGUUUCCACGAUAAAAUGCUGUCAUCUCCUCCAACCAAAAUGUUUUUUUAAAACUCCAGUUGUCAUCGUGAAGCUUGCAUUCAUUCCUCUUUAGUUGUUGAAACAUUUCUCACUGUAGCUAACCCGUUUGGAAGGGAGACCCAACCUGUUGAAUAGCAUUGACUUUCUGUAUUUUGCAGUAAUUCUUCCACUUAAGGCAAAUGUCAACUCUGUUACCAAGAUAGACACAAAAUGCUGGAGUAACUCAGCAGGACAGGCAGCAUCUCUGGAGAGAAGAAAUGAGUGAUGUUUCGGGUCAAGACCCUUCUUCAGAAUGGUUAGGGAUAGGGGAAACGAGAGAUAUAGUUGGUGGUGUGGAGAGAUAAAGAACAAUGAUUGCAGGAUAUACAAAAAAGUGAUAAUAUUCCUGUCUCGACCUGAAACGUCACCCAUUCCUUCUCUCCAGAGAUGCUGCCUGUCCCGCUGAGUUACUCCAGCUUUAUGUGUCUAUCUUCGGUUUAAACCAGCAUCUACAGUUCCUUCUUACACAACACUGUUACCAAGGUAGGCUUGCCUCGGGGAACAGAUACAAGUCAACAUUAGAGGCACAUCACUGACGUAAUCAGUUCAGAAAAAGAUUUUCACAGAAUGUGAAGGAUACUUUGAACAAUGUAACCUGAUAAGGGGAAGUCUCAUUGCAACCCUGCCCUGCAUUGCCACUUUUCCAGCCUACAUUCCAUUGCUCUUUUAAUCACUGCUUUCCGAUUGAAACAACCCUCGUUUACUUUGAUGCACCAUAUAUAUGUUCCUGAGCUGCUGCCUCAUUAAUUGUCAUCGCAUUUCGUCGGAUCAUUCUGAAGUUGCUAAUGGCAAAAUUUAAUAAAAUAAGCCAACCCCCGCAAUUGAAACCGAUUCAGUUGCUGGGAGAGAGCUUUCAAAAACAGCUCAAAUGAAAUGUGAUUUUUUUUAAUACUUUAAUAAUUCAGUACAGUUAACUAUUUUUUAAAGGAAUUCAAAUUAUGCAAAAAAAAGGCUUCCAGUAUAUAACAUAAUAAUACUGUAAAAUAUAUAAUACAAUUCUAUACAUUUAAGUAAUUAUAUAAUUCGCUCAGCUGAACUAACUCACAGGGAUUUUGUUAGACAUGAAUUUUCAAAAUCAGAAAUUUUGGACCCUUAUUCAAAGCAAGCAAUUAUGCAAACAUUAGCUCCUAACGUAGAUAAAUUCAAUGUAACUGAAAUUAACUAAAUCGAGGUUAUUUGCCUGAUAAGCACUUUAUCACCUUAAGUCGAGACUUUGAACAUUUCUAAUGGGCAUGUUUACUAACGAGAACGGGAUAAAAUACUUGGAAAAGGAAUUAGCUUCAUAUUGUUUCUUUUAACCCAAUUAGUAUUACUACCAUAACUAUUAUGUUAAAGUGAAAUCAUCUUUCAAAUAGGAGGAAGGCUUACAGCUGGUCUUUCAUAUUUGGCGAUUUUAGUCUUCAGUAUUGUCACACAAGUAAAAAUAGUUCUGUGAGGUCUUUCUGGAGUAGCGAACCUCCCAACAUUCCCGGUACAAGUUUUUACUUUUUUUUUAAAGAUAAUUUCCUAUCUCCAAGGAGGGUUCCUAAGAUGUGAAUUGUAUAAAGAGAUUAGAUUAUUAAAUAUGAAAUGAGAUUGUGGCUGAGUGAAUGAACCAAGAAAUUCAAAUCGCGUUGUACUUUGUUUAGUGUGAUGUUAUUGAGAUAGCCGACAACUCUGAGGAUUUACAAGAAUGGAGUCGGCACUGAAUGCCAUGUAGGGUUUUAUGGGCAGAUGAAGGCAGCUUAAUCAGAAUUAAGGAGCUGCUGUAAAGAACGCUGUGGUUUGCUUGCUGCACAGAUUUAUUUUCUUUUUUUUAUUUGUGCGUCGUUUAUUUUAGGUUUUGAAUUUUACUUUUUUACUGCCAAAAUAUAUUCUGUUAAAAUAUACUCCAAAAACCAUUGCAACGUGGUGUAUUAUAGGUCAAUCUGACUCAAGUAUUUAAAGCAGAGUAUUUAUUAUGAUUAGUAGCAUAUGAUUGUCUUCAUAUACACAGAUUAAAAUAAGUAGGAGCAGACUUAGAAAGAAAUGUAAUCACCCUUUUAUACACUUUCAAAAUGUGCACAUAGUUAUUCCAUGGGUCAUUUUUUUAUAAUAGAAAAAAAAGAAAAAUAGCUUUAAAAAGGCACUGUUUAUACUUUUUGGGGAUAAGAAAAUAGCUAUCAUCUUUAUAAAUGUUUACUUAUGAAAUAUUAUGUGAAAUGUGUGCUGUAAAAAAAUGUGUGGUAGUUGUAAGUUCCACCAGAUAGCAUCAAAGUGUGUAGUGGGGAGGGGGAGGUGAAGCCCAGAAAACCAUCAACAGAACUUUUAAUUACCUCUUACAAACCAUCUUUGACAAAUUACUGCACACGUACGAUGAUCUCUUCCGUAUAAACAUGGUGAUAAUAUAAUUCUGUUGCUCAAUUUACAUUGGCAUUUAAACAUAUACUUCCAGCUGUUCAACGUCAAAAGAGACAGAAUAGUUUAAUUGUCCUCUACACCGACCGACAACGGAACGAUUAAAUUAUUACUUGCAGUGGCUUUACAGUCUGGACACAUCGACAAACGUGCAAUACAUUUUUUUUAAAUCAAUAAGUUUACGUAGGGACUGGGGUUUUUUUUUCCCCCCCAGUAUUGUGGUUAUUAAUUCAAUUUUUUUUUAAUUUAUUGUAUAUUCAUCGAUAUAGCCGAGUUUUCAUUCAUUCAUUCCAACUCAAUGACCUUUGACAGAAGCCCAGCUGAUCUUUCCUGGUCUUGCCUACACUUUACUUUCCAUUUUUAACCUGGCAUAUCAAUACCCACUUUUGAUAUCAAUGUGUCUAGAACCAAGUGUUGAGUGAGAUUUUAAACGCACAGGUGCUCAGAGUUAAACCUUUGUUGUCAUUAUGGGUCAUCUUUCCUUGUGUUGAUAAUUGCCAACAAUAUUGACCUGCCUGCUAUUUAUACCAUUCACUCAACAAGAGAGAAGUGGACAAGGAUAUAUCUUGAAACUAGUCCAUUACCACACAUUAUCGCUAAAAGUUCAAGGUGAUUCCCAUUGUUAACAUUUCUGCAUCAGAUUUUCCAUCGCUCGUGAACACACUGGCGCAUUAUAACUCCGUGACUGCCCCACAUACGCUGCUCGAUGCUCCUUGAAUACAUAUACAUUUUGCUUUACAUGCGGACAGGGCAUUUCCGUCCAAUGUACAUGACCAUCCCAGAGUUUGACCAUGGGAGGAAUGGACAGACGAUUCUGUACUCGAGGUAGGUUUCCAAUCCACUUCGUAUAUUUCACAGCUCUUCUCUCCAAGCCUGAGUUGCGAUGGGUGCAAGAGACCACAUCAGAGUGGCACUUCAAAGGCACUGUGAGCUGAUCUUCAGGCCCUUUGUGCACGGUGACUAGAACAACCCUGGAACUCCCUUAUGUGUUGCUGCAAGCAGCAUUCUCUCAAUGCCAGCCACAGGAGGGUCAAAGUGAGCUACAAAACGUGCUGGAGUAACUUAACGGGUCAGGUAGCAUCUCUAGAGAACAUGGAUAGGCGACGUUUCGGGUCAGGAACCCUUCUUCAGAAAUUAAAAAUUAAUAUGUAAACAUCCAAAACAAAAUAAUGUUUCUCAAUAUACAAAUAGCAUAAAACAUCAGUGUACUGCGUGCAAUGUCCACGAGGGUGAUCUUUAAUUGUGCUGUCGUUUCUCCAUUAGCAUUCAUAGAAACAUAGAAAAUAGGUGCAGGAGGAGACCAUUCGGCCCUUCGGCCCUUCGAGCCAGCACCGCCAUUCAUUGUGAUCAUGGCUGAUCGUCCCCUAUCAAUAACCUGUGCCUGCCUUCUCCCCAUAUCCCUUGACUCCACUAGCCCCUAGAGCUGUAUCUAACUCUCUCUUAAAUAUUCUUAAAUAUUUAACAUUCUGAAUAGAGUUGACUUGGAAAGUAGAUGUCGAUUUUUUUGGUUAUUCUUAAUCUUGGUCUUAGAUACCAGCUGUAAUGCUUAAAUCACAUUUUUAAGUCAGAUUGACUGCAGUCCAUUUUUUAUUUCUAUCUUGAAAAGGUGCAACAGAAUAUAACAUGAGUGAACACACUUUGCAACACACUGUAAACUGUCAGUCAUCAAACCAACUGUUUCAGAGUGUUGAGGAAGGGAAAAAUCACCACCGCUAAAGAUCACGCUCACCGAUAUUAACAAUAACACACAAUAGGCAACUAACAAAAUCACAACACUUUUAAAUCAAUUUCUUUAGGUGAAUACACUGAAUUACAACAAAAAAGUAAUAUUGUUUUUGUCGUAAGCCUGAUGCAUGUAAAAUGCUAUUCGAGAAGCCGUGUUAAAUUGACUAAUCUACCUGAGCUGAAUUAGCUGUCUUUAUUCAUAGAAAAUAUAUCAAAUGAAAUAGCUGCUUGUUGGCAUAUCCUUUAUUCAUUAAACAUGUAAGCAGUCAGAACUUUGGAAGGAAUGCCCAUAUUUUCAUACACCCCAAAAUUGCAAUUACACCUGUAACUGCAUCACGUUGCAUAAUUGGAUGAGAGAGAAAUAUCGAAAAUUACAUUUUGACAAAUUGCCUACUCAAAUUGGCACGAAAAGGCACCUCAAGGGUAAGGCAAUAUAAGAAACAUCUCCCCUCUCCACUUAAAUGUUAGCUCUACUCACAGAUCAGUCCACUGAUAAACUUGCCUUUUACCUGAAUCAGUCUGAAGAAGGGUCCCGACCCAAAACGUCACCUGUCCAUUCCCUCCACAGUUGCUGCCUGACCCGUUGAAUUCCUCCAGCACUUUGUUUUUUCUUGCUCAAGAUUCCACCAUCUGCAGUUCCUUGUGUCUCACCUCUUAUCCUUGAUCCCUUCACAUAAUGACAUCUUUACAAAAUAAAAUUGCCAUCCUCUAGCAAUGUGACACACCAUAAAGUUUGUCUCUCUCUCACUUCACAAGAGCAAAAUGACUCGUCAUGUGUGCUUUAAUUUGUCAAAUUCACAAACUGAAAUUAAUCUUUUCAGAAAAAGUACAAACAGCAAAGGCUACAAAAAAUGGCAAAGGAAAGGUAAUUGAAAUUUCUGUUGUGCUCUUGUUUAUCCCUUUCUCAUGAUGGGACAACAAUUGUUUUAUUGGGAACAGAUUUGUACAGAAACUUAUCGAUCUUGUCAAUAGAGUUAGUCUAAUAUAAUAGCAGUCAACUUGGGUCCACAAUAUUAGUCUUUCCUAAUCAGCUUUCCAUUUACAUCUUCAAGCUAUUUUAAAAAGUUUACUGUAUAUGUAUUUCCUAUAAACUUGUUGAGAUGAGUGUUAUUUAAACACUUCCUUGCUAAGCACUUUGAUAAACUAAAGUCACGUUUAUUUGUUGUAAAAUGUUCAAAGUUCACUUGCAAAGUAAAGGAGCUACAAACCAGCCGAAUUUGCAAUUUUUAAAAUGCACUCAUCUGUUCCGAGUGGGUCACAUACCCUUCCAGAACAACAUUGAUGUUGUCAUUCAAAUAUAUAGAGCAGUACAACUGCAAAGAAAAUUGUGUGUACAAGUCUACAGUUACUAAGAUCUGGUUUUAGUUCCAUUGUUAUGGAGUAAUGUACAACAACUCUGUAUAUGGAGAGCAUUGUAUUGGAGCGUGCAAAAUCAAUGAUUGUUAAUGUGUGGGUCUUGGGUUGAAAUAAAUCCCAGGCAGAAGUUGAUGGUGGGAACAGCAUAUAGGUGUUUGUUUGUCUAAUUGUAGCUUGGAUGUACAGGAAAGUUGCACCAAAGUGCUGAUUCACAUAAUGUUACUGUUUGGAACUGAAAUGGCAGUGAGUUUCAGGCCACUGUCAAACUCAAGAAGAGCACAAUAAGUUCAGAAAUAGUGAUCUCUCCCACAAGGUAUAAAGGGACUUGAUUUGAGUUGCUUCAUUUGUGGGUCUCUAUUCCCCAUGUGUCCUAACUGUGGUGCAACUUGAGUAAAGUCACUGGGUGUAAAUGGUUUAAAGAAAUCUCUUUGGUGAAUAUUCCUAUCCCCUACAUGCAGAAAAAUACAAAAAAAGGACAUCAAAUACCAGAGAGCAGAGCUCAAAUACUAGAGGGCACAGGGCAAAUACUAGAGAGCAUAGGUUUAAGGUGAAAGGGGCAAAGUUUAAAUGAGGUGUGUGGGGCAAGUCUUUUAUGCAGAGGGUAGUGGGUGCCUCAAAUGCAUUGCCUGGGGUAGUGGUGGAGGCAGAUGUGGUAGCAGUGCUUAAGAGACUUUUGGAUAGGCAUAUGGAUAUGCAGGAAAUGGAGGGAUAUAGAUUAUGUGCAGGCAGAUAAAAGUUGGUCUCAGCAUCAUGUUUGGCACAGACAUUGUUGGCUGAAGAGCUUGUUCCUGUGUUCUAUGUUCUAUGUCUCUCUCUCUAACGAUCUUGAAAUAUUGAAACAAAAUGUAUUAUUAAUGAUGUCAUGUUACUUUGGGGAUACUUCGCUGUUCCAAUCGAAUAAAGAUCCGUUGUCUAAAAUAUUUAUCACAACCGUCACCAAGCCAAAUUGUGCAAGUUCUUUCCUUGAUCUUAUAUUCUAGUGACUCUGGCAUGACACAGGUGCACUGUACAUAAUGAAGGGCUCAGAGGCUGAAAUCUCCGGAUUCUGGGAAUACAGAACCUUGUGCCACACCUACAAUGAGCAAGAUGUGGAUCGUACGCAAGUACUGCCAAAUGGAAACGAAUUGUACGUUGUAUACCAUGUGUACGCUCAAACUCCUUUUUAUAACUCCACUUGUAAAUAGUCCUUUAGCUGCCACCCCUGUGCAAUAGAUUAUAACACACCCUGCCCUGCCUCCUAUUGGAACGAACAUGAAUGUCCCUGGGACAGUGUUAUUGCCCAGUCUGAUGCAUUUUUUGUUAUGCAUCCAUUCCUUCAUGUUGUGUUCAAUGGGAACACGAAACCGACAGCUCUCAACAAAAUAGUGGCAAUGAGUUGAGCAAAAACAAAUCUGAAAAACUCCUAACAAAAAAAUAUAUAUAAUUCUCUCUUUAGGACUUUCACCGUCCUAGACUGGAAACAGGUUGUGUUGUAAAAGAUUUUAAAACAACCUGAUGUUCCAGGACUUAGAGGCCUUUUUUUCUUCCCGAUCCCUUCCUUUUGACUAAGCCUUCACCCUGUGGUAUCCAAGUGAACCCUCGUUAAUUACCCCUCGGCCCCACUGACGGACCUUGUACUGGCUUGGCCGCCAUUCCGCUGGGAUUGUCAUCUCCCGGUUUCAGUUCGAAGGCUCUUCCUGGAUCGCACUUGGAUUUCUGGUGGUCCUCUUGGUCUGAGGAACCCUCGCUUUGCCUGUCCUUUAGCUAAUCCGUCAAUUAACUGCACAUUGUCAUUUUUCCAAGACAUGCUAUUCCAUCCAUCUCAGAGACUAUUUUGCUUAAUUCUAAAGGCAAUUUUGCUCACCCCGUGUCCCUUCAACCCCCCUCUCAGUCCUGGAACUGCAUGUUGUUUAAUAUCCUGUUAGUACCUCAUGUGCUUUUAACUGUCUAUAUGCUGUUGAUUCCUAAUUUCUUGCUCUCUGCUGCUGCUCUGGUAGUUACCUGCUGAUUGGAGAGCUGUAGUUUAGAUCUGCCUUCCUUUUUCUGUCAUUCUGUAAGCUUCUAACGUGAUUCAAUUAACAAUAUCCUUAAUAAAGGUUGUUUCUUUCUUCAACAA